CACUGAAAUAGUCAAACUAUUAAAAGUGUUGCAUUUUUUCAACGUGGUUGGUAAACGCCGAUUGAGAUUUGUAAAAAAUGACUGAUGGGCUUUUAUUUUGUGGAGAAUAAUAUUUGGUGUGGUUCGCAAAAUAUUACCGAAAUACCAAGCAGGAGAAUUGAUAUUUUAUGUAAUCGUUGGACGACUUUUGUAACUCUAAAAUGGUCAUUAGGUGCAGUUUUGCAGACGAAAAAUAAAUGCACAAAUGAAGUAGGCGAUAUACUGGAACCAUUGCGAGUCCUAAUGAAGGAUUCGAGUAUACUGGAAGGAACCACUAGCUCCACAGCCGCCAUUCAAGCGUAUAUUGUUCUGAUGAACGAUGCCCACCAGAGUGAAUACAUUGCCGACCAUGACAAACGUUUGCAAUACAUUAGCAAAUUCACUGGUUCGGCCGGGGAAGCUGUUGUUACUGCAACUGAGGCUAUUCUCUGGACCGACUCAAGAUAUCAUCUCCAAGCUGAACAGCAACUGGAUCCUAACUGCUGGACGCUAAUGAAGACAGGACAAAGUAAUGUGCUCAACAUGACAGAGUGGAUGCUUAACAACUUGCCGUCAAAUUCAACAGUCGGUGUGGAUCCUUUUCUUAUGAAGGCGUCAGCUUUUCGUCAAAUUGCCAAGGAACUUAAUGCAAAGGGACACGAAUUAAUUAGCAUCUCAAGGAAUCUUAUUGACGAGAUUUGGAUGAGCAGACCACCACCAACUCGGAAUAAUAUUAUUCCAUUGGAUAUAGAAUUUACAGGUAAAGUGGCGGGCUUAAAAGUAUCUGAGAUGAUGGACCAAAUCAAAAAAGAGGAUGAUGCCGAAUCCAUUGUUGUAACAACUUUAGACGAUAUCGCAUGGCUUCUAAAUUUGAGAGGAUCAGACAUCAAAUACAAUCCCGUAUUUUUUAGCUACCUCAUUCUAUCGCCAAGGAGUUAUGUGUUGUUUAUAGAAAAGGAUAAACUCUCGAAUGAAACUGUGAAGCAAUUGAUAAAAGAGGAUUUGAAUAUCACUGUUAAGGAUUAUGGAAGGAUUCUCGAAGGAGUCAUGGAACUUGUCAACACAACAACAGGAAAAAUAAUAACUCCAGAAAGUGUUAGUCAAGCUAUUUCUGAAAUUAUACCAGAAAAUCGUUUGAUUUGCAAAAAUGUUGUAGCUGAGACGAAAUCAGUUAAAAAUUCGGUGGAAGCUGUAAAUUUAGAGAAAGCACACAUUCGAGAUGGAUUGGCAUUGAUUCAAUAUUUGCACUGGCUUAAUAUAACAAUUGAUAUUGAUAAUGUUACUGAAAUAUCAGGUGCCAAGAAGUUGGAACAGUUUAGAGAGCAACAGGAACACUUCCGUGGUUUAAGUUUCGAAACUAUUAGUGCUGUUGGGGAGCAUGCUGCCAUGGCCCACUAUACGCCAUCUGUAGAAACAGACAAACAAAUAACCAGAAAUGAAAUUUAUCUAGUGGAUUCGGGUGGUCAAUAUUGGGACGGAACAACCGAUGUUACCCGAACGGUUCACUUUGGUGUGCCAAAGGACGAAGAAAAAGCCAGCUACACUCGAGUUCUGAAAGGUUUCAUCGCAUUGGCAACUUCAGUAUUUCCACAAAGUACACCGUUAAGUUACUUGGACCAUGUCGCACGAAGACCACUUUGGCAAGCUGGCUUGGAUUAUGGUCAUGGAACUGGACACGGUGUUGGUGCAUACUUGUUUGUCCAUGAAUAUCCGCCAUUGAUUAGUUCUAAGGCGACCACCAAAGCUCUCGAGAAUAUGUUCACGUCCAAUGAACCAGCAUACUACAAGGAUGGACAAUAUGGCAUCCGGAUCGAGGAUGUCAUUCAGGUGAUUAAAUCGGAUAUCGAAAAUGCGUUCAGUGGAAUGGGUGGCCUCACAUUCAAAUCAAUUACGUACGCUCCACUCCAGUCAAAGCUUAUCGAUACAAAUCUCCUCACUAAAGAAGAGGCAAACUAUGUUAAUGCUCACAACAAGAGGGUGAUGAACACAAUCGGACCGAUACUGCUUAAGCACAGAUUUAUGGACACCUAUCAGUGGUUGAUGUCGGAAACAAGACAGAUUUGCUCAUGGGCAUAGUCUUUCGUUAUUUUUUUCUUUUUUUUUAUUUCAAUUUUUGUGUUUGUGGUUUUUUGUUUCGAGUAAUGAUUGAUGUGGGUUUUGUGAUUUAUUUUGUAGAGAUUUAAGAGAAUUAUAGAACUUACUCUGAGAUGGA